AUGACAGAGCCCAAAGCACAAUAUGACGAGUUGUAUAAAAUUAUUUUGGUUGGGGAUUCAAGUGUGGGGAAGACUAGUUUUUUGAUUCGAUUAACCAAAAAUGUUAUAAAAAAAUAAUCACUACCUACAAUAGGAGUUGAAUACGCAGCCUAAUCCAUAUUACUUGCAGAUGUGGACAAGAUAGUAAAAUCUGUGAUUUGGGAUACAGCUGGAGCUGAAAAAUACAAAGCUAUUACAACAGCCCAUUAUCGCAAAUCCGAGGGAGCUCUGUUGUUUUAUGACUUAUGUGACAAGAAUUCAUUUGAUAAUGUUUUGAGUUGGCGUUAAGAAAUCUUACAACAUACAGAUGAUAAGAUUAUGAUAAUGUUGAUAGGGAAUAAACUAGAUUUGUUGCAAGACAAUCCUCAGAAUCGAUGUGUUUCUGUAGAAGAAGUAGAGCAAAUCUGUUAAUAAUACAACAUGUUAUAUAAUGAAACCUCAGCAAAGGAAGGAACACAAGUGAAAGAAUGCUUUGAAUAAUUAAUUAGGAAAAUAUAUGAAUCCAAAUAACUAAAUGUGGAAGAUGAGAUACCAGGCUAAAGAUAUGAAAUAGAUGAUAUUAAGUCUGAGAAAAAAACACAAGAAUUUGCACAACCAAAUGUUUUAGCUGUUCCAAUUAAAUAGAAUAAAGACACUACUGACACUUGCUGUGGAACUUUUUGA